AUGUUAAGUCAAACACUCGGGCUAAACGGGGCUUCGCAGGCACCCUCUCCACACCCUGGCCUGUGCAACAUGAUCGCCAGCACCAGGAACAUUUUCAUGGGCAGGAAGAGGAAAAGAGUCGCCCAGAACGCCGAGAGCGCCGAGCAGGGAACUGGGAAUGCCGUCAAGUCCAACCCUUCCAAGCGGCAUCGCGACCGGCUCAAUGUGGAGUUUGACAACCUGCUGAGGCUCCUUCCGACCACUGAGGAGAUUGCUGGGCGAUUAGACAAACUGUCUGUCCUGCGGCUUAGUGUCAGCUGCCUCCGCAUUAAGCGAUUCUUUGAAGCUACUCUGGGACAAAAAAAGAGAUGUCUGCCUGCAGAGCAGCCUGGCGACACCAGAGUGGACAAGUGGCUCCCGAACCUUGGCAAUGUAGUGCUGUCAGAAGGGGAACUAUUACUACAGGCACUGAAUGGCUUUGUCCUGGUCGUGACUGCAGAAGGUGACAUCUUCUACGCAUCUCCCACCGUACAGGAAUACAUGGGAUUUCACCAGACUGCUGUCAUGCACCAGCCUGUGUAUGAACUGAUUCAUCCUGAAGAUCGUGAUGAAUUUCAGCGUCAGUUGCAUUGGGCACUAGACCCAGUACCACACUCCAACAUGGCACAGUCAGGUAGCGGUACAAAUUGUGACUCCAUUACGAGGUAUGAUCCACAGCAACUCCCACCAGAGAACUCCACUUUCCUGGAGAGGAAUUUUGUGUGCAAAAUGCGCUCUCUACUCAACAGCCCUUCUGGUUACGUGGCUCUAAACAUUGAAGGCAAACUGAAGUACCUCCAUGGACAGAACAAGCAGGCAGAAGAUGGCUCUCUCCUCCCUCCACAGCUGGCACUCUUUGCCAUUGCAACUCCACUGCAGGUGCCUUCAAUCCUUGAAAUCAGGACUAGAAGUGCUCUGUUUCAGACGAAACAUAAGCUCGACUUUUCGCCAGUUGCCUGUGAUGCAAAAGCUAAGGUUGUGCUGGGUUACUCAGAGCUGGAGCUGUGCAUGCGUGGAUCAGGAUACCAGUUCAUUCAUGCCGAUGAUAUGCUUUACUGUGCAGACAACCAUGUUCGAUUGAUGAAAACGGGUGAGAGUGGGAUAACUAUCUUCAGGCUCCUGACGAAACAGAAUGCAUGGAUCUGGGUCCAGGCGAAUGCCCGCCUGGUUUACAAGAAUGGGCAGCCAGAUUGCAUCAUAGCAAAGCAGAGACUCCUCACAGAUAAAGAAGGCAUCGACCACUUCCAGAAACGCACGAUGCCAUUUCAUCUUCCCUUCUCAACAGGGGAGGCUGUCUUGUAUGACCACAACUCCCCUAUACUUGGGCUCGCCAACCCAUUUCCCUCUGAGAAUGGGAACUGUGACGUGCAGCAGAACGGAUACGUGGAUCCCAACUCGCUCCUCGGAGCCAUGAUGAGCCAGGACAAGGCAGUGUACAUCAGGCACCCAGCAGUGGAGCCCAAGUACUCCCUCAGCCGAUUUGGUGGAACGGUUGCUAGUGGCCUGGGAGGGAGUGCACCCUGUGCCCAGAAUGGGGAGAAAAGUAUCAAAGAGGAGGAAAGCAGCUGUAAGCAGGAUGACGAUCUGUUGUCCAUCUUGGGAGACAUGCUCCAAAAUGACAACGACGAGGGCUUGACCAGCCUCCCUAAUGUCCUGGAAAGCUUGGGGCCAGAGGACUUGGAGCUCAUGCGUUGGGUGGAGAGCACGUUAUGCGUGGAGGCAGAUUCCGAAUGCCCCCUCAAUGACAUGCUCACAAACGAUCAGGUUUUGUCUUACAUCCAGGACUCGCUCAAGAAGCAAGAGCUGGACCGGCACAGUCCGUGCCAGUCAAACAGUUUGCGGCCAACUUUAAGCACAGGAGACCAGUUGGCUCAGUGUCCAGACAUGUCACAGAGACGGGGCAAGAGGUCUGCUCGGAUGCCACCCUUGCCCGGGCAGUUGAACGCGCCAUCGCUGGUUCCUCAGCAGUCAUCGAAAACAAAUCACUUGACCCAAGGAGUAGCGCCACCAUGUAGCCUAGUACACAGGAUGCAGCAAGAGCAACACAGACAACAGCAAGACUUGUUCCAGCAGCAACGAUUGCAAUGGUUCCAUCCUCUGCAGCAGCAACCUAUGCAGACCUCGAGUCCCGUGCAGCACCAAUAUGUGCAGCGGCAAGUCCUCCAUAAGCACCGGCCUGCCCGACAGGGCCUUCUACUGCAGCAGAACUUCCAACAGCCCAACGGGAAACUGCUAGGGCAGCACUGCACCCAGCAGUCUUCCCAUUAUAAGCAGCAGCCCAGCAAUCCCAGUCCAUCCUCAGCCAGUGGACUAAACCCAGGCAUCACAACAAGCCACAGUAUCAGCAAUGGGUAUGUGAGAGCUCCACAGAGCUGUCGAGUUGAAUCGCAGCAAAACAUAUCCCUCUUUAAUCCACCAUCCAACACUCCCAACAUCCCUGCCUGUGGAGCUCCCUCUCAACAGGGCAGACUUGACUUUAGCCAUCCAAGCGUUGCACUAACUAAUCACGGACAAGAGACUCGGAAUCAAACAGGCUGGUUCCCCGGAGUGAACCAACCGAAUGGUAUGGCGUUCCCGCUUGACAGCUCCUCGGCACCUCACGUGGGAGGUAAGAGUACAAAUCUCUCCGUGUUUCACUCGACAUCUACGGUCCCAUUGUCCCAUGUGAACGAAUACUCACGCGUACAUCCUGAAGAGCAAAAUGGCUGGCGCACUGUGGAUCUGUACAAGAUGAAAGAAGAUCCCAAUUGCAUUCUGGGCUUUCACCCCGCUCUGAACGGUACCCCCAUCUUUGGAAAUGGCUCAGCACAGUGAGAGAUCAUCAGGCUUCUUGUGAAAGGAUCUGAUGCUGUCUUUGCCCCAGGCGUUAAUGCCCGACCCCAUUGUCUCCUUGGCAACUAGUGAAGACUCCUGGCGAAUCCAAACCUUAUCAGAGAGGUGGCUUUUUAGCUUUUUUUGCUUGAUUUUCUUAAAUGGAGGCUUAAAUAAGCCGAAGCAAAUGCUGCAAAAAGCCCUCAACUUCUUUGGUGGCCUACAGUGAAAGGAAAUAGCUGGGCUUUGGAGGUAACCACAACAAUACGACAUGACUGAAGGCAGAUUGAUCAUUCCACCCUUAAAAGAAGAUCAUCAGUGGAUGGCAUUCUGGAGAACAGCUUUUCUUUAAGUAAGAAACCUUGAAUCCUCCUGGUUAGAUUAUCUGCCAGUUUUAUGUGCAGAAAGGUAAGUUCCAUCUUGUAAAUGGAAGGCACAGCUCGGAAAGCACAAGCUCUAGUUUGUAUCGAGGGCAGAAGAAACCUGAAAGCUUUCUGGACCAAUAUUUUCAAAACAGCUUAAUGGUUUUGGGAGGCUCUUCAGCAUUGUAAAGCUGUUGAGAAUCCACAACGAUCUUUCUUUUCUUGCAGUUGUCAAACUUUUGUCCGUUGAGCAUCUGAACCGUGAUAGGUCCUUGUGUCUGUGAGGAUGGUCCAGUGUGAUGAAAGGCCUGUAGGAGGGGCUUUGACAGAGUGAGUACAGCUCUCUGUCGAAAACAAAAAAUGCACCACGUUGAAGGGAAAAACUCCUUUUGCUAUGUCAGACUAAUGCCAGCUUGUUCAUUGGCUCGUUUGAGUUUGAAGUAAAUUGUUCUACCGGUUUUGAAAGGAUUUUCAAAGGUGCCUGUUAACACAUGUAGCUCAUACUUGAGCGAAAGCUGCCCUGUGUGGGGAGCUUGCUACGGCUCCACAACUUUUAUAGCACAAAGGAAUCCUGCACAAAGCCAAGUGUGAGGAAGCUGCCAACUUUUAUCCUGGUGUGCACCCUACUACCUUGCAAGCAAUGACUGACAGGAAAAGAUCCACUGUUGCCCCACAGUGCCCUGUGCAUCACAUUCCCUGCCCCACCUGGGACCACAUGGUUUCCUGGGAAGUGGCAAAAAGCCAGAUAAAAUUCCAGAUCAUUUGGGAGGACAGGAAUCCAGGAAAUGCCGCUUUGGCUCAUCAGACAAUCAAAAAUAGUCCACGAGACUACCCUGACUCUGAUUAAUGUUUUACUGCACCUACUUUUGUAUACAAGGUAAUCAUCACCCCAGCCAGAAACCGAUCCCCUCUCUCUUAUAAAAUUCACAAUGCAAUGAGAUCCAGGGUAUUUAAAACAUACACUAAAAAUGGGAUUAUGCGUGAAGGGGUGUUGAUAAAUUGGAUCUGGUUAAAAAACAAGUUAAUACUUUCUUUUAAAAGAGACAUUUUUCACUUGUACUCCAUAAUAUAUAAUUAGCGAAGUCUUGCAGAGAUGGGGAGUAAGGGGCAGAGUGAAGGAAAGAUUAGUGGGAAAGAAAGAGAUGACGAGGAAGGGGAAAGAGAGAAAUAUCCAGGAGAGAAAGUGGAAGAAGCCACCAGGCACAGAAAGAUCUAAAUUACCACAAAACCUUACCAUACCAGUGGUUAAUCUGUUGGUCCUGACUGGUUUCUUGUCUUUUGUUGAGCUGGAUCCAAGCAGCUGAAGAGGCUAUAGAUGGAGACUGAUUGAAUGAGGUACUCAGUGUGAAAACAUAAUUGAUCAUAAAAAAAUUGACAGAAAUAUUGUUUUGAGAAUCCUUUUAAAGUUGUGACACUGUGGGGACCUUUUUUAUACAGACAUUUCAUUAUUUUGGUAUUCUCUAAAAUGUCUCCUGCUAUGUAUGAUCUGUGAAGCUGUCGCAGUGUAAAUCUUCACGUUCUGUUGUUGUUUUAUUCUAAGCAAGGCCCCUUGGAAGCAUUUCUAAUUGGACAUUGAAUGUAGAUACAGAGAGACUGUUCAUUCACAGUCCUGUCCGAAUAACUUGAGCUGCUAUAUCCUUGCUGUAUUUCGACUAAGGGAAAAAUCUCUUGUUGACCUCAAAGUGGACCCAUUGUCUAGUCUUGUACCAAGACUUGGAUUUUAUAUUCCUUAAUUUGUGGUUUGCAUCUGGAUAUUUCAGACUCAGUGCAAAAUUAGGUAAAUAAAGAAGUUAUGAUCUUAAAUUAUUGACUAAUUAAUGUUUGACAAGCUGUUUCUCUUAUAAUGCUGCUCCCAUGGAAAAUGAUAUGAUUUCUUCUUAACUUGCAAUUUCCCCCAUAUCAUUUUGAGAAGUUCCAUGUCUUUUCCCCCUCUUCCCUCGGCAACACUCGUCUCUAAAUGGGAGGGCAAGGAGCAGCGAACCUCCUCCCAGACCUAUUGAGGUUGCUGUUUGUUAACUGGUUACCAGGAAGCAUCCGGGUCAAUGUUGACCUGGUCACUUGGGUAUAGUACAAUGAAACCUUUCUAUAAUAUUAGAAUGAAACACCGUUCAUAGGUAUAGGUUUGAGUGCAUUUAUAGUCUUGACUAUGAACUCUUGAUACAAUGUUACCAUGACAACCAUGAGUCUACAAUCUGCAAGGCCUUUGUCUGAGUUAAUAGCCCUGUGUCUCAAUGGGGGAAAUCACCCAAAUACCAGCACCAAUAAUAAUUAAUCCCUGUUAAUAGCAAUUGUCUAACUUUUCUCUCAAAUCGGUUAUCAUUUGUCCUUAUUAAGGUGAAAUCUCUAUGACAGUGGCCCAGGCUGUCCCAUGCUUUACAUAAGGAUAAAAUAGAGGCUUUAAGUGAAGUCUUACCUACAGUUUAAGGGAUUAAAUGUUCACUUCAUUUCAAUGGUAGUGUGUGUCCAUCACACUGGAAAUCUUACAAAUUGUACUUUGCGCUGCAGUCUCCAAAGACUUGGAGCGCGCAGCACAACACAGGAUUUGGAACUAAGUCCUUUAAUGGGUCAUUUUUCUUAUUUACGGAAUGUGGGUGUUGCUGAAAAGACCAGCAUUUAUUGUCCACCCCUAAUUACCCUUGAGAAGGUGGUGGUGAGCUGCCUUCUUGAACCGCUGCAGUCCAUGUGGUGUAGGUACACCCACAGUGCUGUUAGGGAGGGAGCUCCAGAAUUUUGACUUGCCGUUUAUAUACAUGAGGUAUCAGCACCACCUGAAGUUGUUGAGUUCUAUCAUUUUAAGCAAUUCAUUGAUGACGCACCAGGUAUUCCAUCCGAUUGGAAUGAACAGAUCUGAUAUUUUAAAGAGAUAGUAAUAAAAUAGUUCAACAUCCUUGCUAAAGAGUGACACCCUUCCAGCUCAGUUGCUAAAUACACUGCCUAAUGAAGAAUGGCGCCUGGCUCAAUCUGUGCCUUGCUAGCUGGUUUCACUUGGGCUAGCAAUAGGGGGGGAUACAUUUGCCUCUGUCUCUUGGCUCGAAAACAAGGAAGUCAAUUGGGUUGCAGCUCCCUAUCAUGCUGGAAAGUGUGCAUCUGCGGACAUUGGGCGUGGACGCGAUUGGUCUGGGCUGUGAUGCCACUGUGGGCAAAUACCCCACUGGCACUUAUCCUGACUAGGGAGUGAAGAAUGGCCACUUGGGCAAGAUGGCAGAGGAUAGGGCAGCCUGUGGAAUGGUACUCCAGCAUGAGUCAACUUGCUCAGGAGAAUGGCGGUGGGGGCUGGUGAAUUCUUGUUGACUAUGGAUUUAUCUGUGCAAUGAAAGGUUAACCUUAUGCUGCUUAGAACACGGUUUCUUUCAAUGGAUUCACUUUAGCUGACUCAUGCUGCUGCAAUAUUUUGAUGACUACAAGGUGCGGCUUUUUUUGGAAGAGUUUUCACAUUGCAAAGUGGCUGGUGCAGCAAAGGGCAGGCAGCUUUCCCAAAUGCAACCAUUCUCGAAACCUUCUCUGCAAGUCUGAUCACAAAAUCCAGCGUGAGAACAAGAUAGGCAAACGCAUAUGAGUGGUGGUUUUUUUUUUAAAUAUCAACUGUGAAUAUUUGUUUUAAAAAAAAAAUUGAAAGCCAUUAAUUCAAGUGCUCAUUCAAGGACCCUGACCCUGAGAAGACUUUGCAAGUUCUGCUGAUCACUAGUAGCAUAGUGGUGUUGUCACUGACUAGUAUUUCAGAGACCCAGGAUAAUUCUCUGGAGGCCUGGGUUCAAAUCCUACCACAGUACAUAGCAAAGUUUGAAUUCAGUUGAAAAGUCUGAUGAUGACAUUGUUGUAAAAAUCCAUCUGGUUCACUAAUGCCCUUUAGGGAAGGAAAUCUGCCAUCCUUACCGGUUCUGGACUAUAUGUGACUCCAGACCCACAGCAAUGUGGUUGACUCUUAAAUGCCUUCUGAAUUAGGGAUGGGCAAUGAAUGCUGGCCUGGCCAGUGACGCCCACAUCCCAUGAAUGAAUAAAAAACAGUUGUUCUCCUUGUCAUCUCUAUAGUUCAAUCACUGUACCAUUGGCAGUGCUGCCUGUGCCCUAAGUUCCAGAAUUCCCUCCCUGAAUCUCUCUACUUCAUCUUCUUCCUUUAAGAUACUCCUUAAAACUGAUGCCUAUGAAAAACCAUUUGGCCACCUGUCCUUAUGCAGUGUGGUAUCAAAUUGUGGUUUAUAAUGCUCCUUUGGGACAUUUUAUUACAUUAAAUUCACUACCUAAACCUAAGUUGUUCCAUCUUCAUCCGUAGACUCCAGCAGUUCUGCUUUGCAUAAUCUACUGGGCUCGGGUGAUAGUUUAAUUGUUGCUCAUGUGGCAACAAUCCACUGGCAACAGGCCCAUUUUAAGCUGGCAAGAGAAGGAAAUAGAUGCUCACUUUUACUCAUCCAAUUUCCAAACCCUACUGUAGAAUUUAUUGAAAGGAACCAUCGACAGAAAUAUCUUAAAGGUGGAAACAAGGUGAGACGAGGCUUGGAAUCAUAGCCACUUUCAGGGGAGUCUAUGAUGAUACAAAUAACAAAAUGUGCCAGGUCUUGUCUGCCUGCGAUUCUCAAUCCACGCUUGCACAGAUUUUGUGCUCAUCCAGCCAUUUCUGUGGUAAGUUAGGAAUACAUCGGAAAGCAGCUUUUCUCCCUGCACGAUUGCCGGCUGAAAAAUCACCACUGGGCUGGGCUUUAAAGCAUUGUGGAAAUGAAACAAUUCCAAUGCAAUGUGAGUUUUUUAUUCCAAUACUUGUCAUUCCUCUCAAUGAUGCAGUGCUGCUGCCAUGAUUCCUAUGAACAUCCCUAAUACAGGGACCAGAGGCAUCACCCUUGUCAGUCAUCACAUAACUUUUUUUUAUUCAUUUACAGGAUGUGGGCUUC